AUGACGAGUGUAUUUGUGACUGUCGGUACCACCAGUUUCGACGAGCUCAUUGAAGCCAUCACCAGCCCAGCAGCUGUAGAGGUUUUGAAAGCUCGAGGGUAUGAAAGGCUGGUUCUUCAAGUCGGAAAAGGGGCUCUUCUUCCAGGUCCUGCGAUCUGUCCCCAAAUCUGUCUGCAGGCCUUUCGUUUUAAAGACUCAAUUGCAGAGGAUAUCAGAAGGUCUCAUCUUGUGAUUAGUCACGCAGGGGCGGGGAGUUGCUUGGAGGCACUUGGUGCUGGAAAACCUCUGCUGGUCGUUGUCAAUGAUAAACUGAUGAACAACCACCAACUGGAAUUGGCCAAACAGUUGCACUCCGACUCCCAUUUACUGUACUGCACCUGCAGUACCCUCAUAGAAACACUGAAGACCAUGGAUGUCUCUGUCCUCCAGCCCUUAUUGCCUGGACAGCCCUCAAACUUUGCACACUUUUUAGACAAAGCGCUGGGAAUAAGAUGA